ACGAACGAAGAAAACAAAUCGGACUUUGAGAGCGAAGGAGGAAAAAAGAAAAAAAGAUGCAUACUUUCUUCUCAUCGGAAGACCUCCCCGACAAUUCCUUCUGGCAGAUUCCGCCGCCGCCUCCGUCUUCUCCGCCGUCGCAUUCUCCUUUCCGAUCGGCGGAUCCUUCGUUGACGAUGAACCGAAGCCCGUCCGAGUGGGCGUUCGAGAGAUUUCUCGAGGAAGUUUCUUCGUUGCCGGUGAAUAGUUGCCCUUCCACUACCUCGGAUCGCGUCGCGGUUUCUCCGGUCGACGUCGCCUCUCCUGCGUCUCAGUCUUCCACUUCGAAGCGCGACGAAGCCGAUGAUGAGAUUGUGGAGAUCAAGAAGGCGGAUUGUGAUCAUGAUCGUCCUCACCCAAUUCCGUCGUUGGAUCCGUCGAAAAUGGCUCGGAAAAAUUCUGAUCAGUACCGUACGUUUUUGAAGAAUCAGCUCGAUAUGGCUUGCGCGGCUGUGGCGCUAUCGCGGGCCGCGUCUUCGGAGCCCAAAGGUCCAGUCCACGCAGCCGAUCAUCGUGGGCAAACAUCGAAUGGAUUCCAAUUUGGUUCGCACGCUCAGGGCCAAGGUUCUGAUCGGGGCUUUUCAACAAAAGAAAGUGAGGCUAAUGGUAGCCCACUUGGGAUCCCAUCCUUACCAGCAGUGCCUAAGAAACUAGGGCUACAAGCCGCCCAAACAACCAGUGGAUCAUCAAGAGAUGAGUCUGAUGAUGAUGAGCUUGAAGGAGACAUUGAAAACAUUGAGAAUAUGGAUCCUACCGAUGCAAGACGCGCUAGGAGGAUGUUGUCGAAUAGAGAAUCAGCAAGACGCUCCAGACGACGGAAACAAGCUCACUUGAAUGAACUUGAGACACAGGUCGGUCAACUAAGGGUUGAACACUCUACUUUGUUAAAGCGUCUCACAGACGUAAAUCAGAAGUACGAUGUGGCAGCUGUUGACAAUAGAAUUUUGAAAGCUGAUAUUGAGACUUUAAGAGCAAAGGUGAAAAUGGCUGAAGAAACAGUGAAGAGAGUGACAGGAGUGAAUCCACUGCUUGUUGCCAUGUCUCAGAGCCAUAUGCCAUUUGUGAAUAGCCAAAUGCCUAUGCAAUCCAACACCCAAUUCUUCCACCAAAAUGUAUCUGCAUUUGCCAGCACCACCCCUCCACAUCACCACAAUUUGGAAGCCCCUCCACUUGUUGGAAACUCGCAGAAUGACGUGGCAAGCAAAAUGACUGAUUUGCCCUCUGCCCACCAUAUAUCUGAUGUUGAUCAUGUGCAGAAGCAGUCCAUGCAUGGCUCCAUGUCAGGUUGGGAUGCAGAAGCUUCACCUGCAGCAGCAGCAGCAGCAGCACCUUCAAACCACAAGAAGAAUUGAAGAAUUGAAGAACUGAAAUGCCUAGUUUUUGCAGCAAUUUUUGCUCUUGAAUUUUCAUUGGGCUUGUGGGCAUUACAGGGAUUAAUAAGAAAUGAUAUAACACUUACAUAUUUAUUCAUUUCAUGCUCCACUUCUCUGUACUAAGACUCGGAUCUCGUUUAUUAACUAGCUAAUAUUUUUUUUUUGAAAAAAUCAGUUUGGUAGUUCCACACUGAGCUUUAUUGUACUAGAGUGGUCAUUUGAUU